AUGGCUAGUUAUUAUUUUUUAUUCUUAAUAUUAUUUUAUUAUUCAUUAAAUGUAAUUGUAUUUGCAUCAUUGGGUGAUAAUCAUUAUUUAUAUCGAGCAUGUUUAAAUCAUUGUAAACAAAUGAAUUGUAGUACAUCAUUAGGUUUACGAGAUUUUCAAGACAAACAAACAUUUUUUGAAUAUAUUUUUCAAUGGUCAUGUCAAGAUGAAUGUUCAUAUGAAUGUAUGUGGAAAACUGUUAAUGAUAUGGAAAAAAAUGACCAAGAUAUUGAACAAUUUCAUGGUAAAUGGCCAUUUAUACGUUUUCUUGGUAUACAAGAACCUGCAUCAACAUUAUUUUCAAUUUUAAAUUUACUAUCAAAUUAUAUAUUUGGUUAUCAAGUACUUCGUCGUCAUCUUCAAUAUAAUGUUCAUCCACUUUAUUCAAUGUGGAUGAUAUUUUGUUUAAUAUCAAUGAAUGGAUGGAUAUGGUCAACAAUAUUUCAUACACGUGAUAAACCAUUAACAGAAAUAUUUGAUUAUAUUGGUGCUAUUUCACUUGUUUUUUCACAAUUUGCAUGUUGUAUUAUUCGUGUUGGUUAUCGAACAAAUUAUAUGCGUUUAGCAAAAGUUGCAUCCUUAUUUUUAUUACUGUUUUUUGUUUAUCAUGCUUAUUAUUUACUUUUUAUUAAAAUGGAUUAUGGUUAUAAUAUGAAAGUUAAUAUUAUUGUUGGUGUUUUAAAUGUAAUAUGUUGGCUUUUAUGGAGUAUAAUUAAUCUUCUUUCUGGAAAAGUUUAUGUUUGGCGAUGUGCAGUAUCAGUUAUAUUAGCAAUGCUCUUUGCUACUUUAGAAUUAGCUGAUUUUGUACCUAUUGCUUGGAUAAUUGAUGCACAUUCAUUAUGGCAUUUUUCGACUAUUUUUUUACCUAUUCUAUGGUAUCGUUUUAUUGUUGAUGAUUCAAGAUAUUUACUUCGUUAUUUCAAUUGA